GCGUGAGCGCGACUGCCCUGGCCGCGGCGCCCGGCGCCCGCCGGCCUCCCUCGCUCCUGACGCCGGCGCGGGCCGGGGGCGCCGCGACGCGGGCGGGCGGGCGGCGGGCGCCGGGCUAUAUGGCGGCGGCUCUGUCGGGCCUGGCUGUCCGGCUGUCGCGCUCGGCCGCCGCGCGCUCCUAUGGGGUCUUCUGCAAGGGGCUGACCCGCACGCUGCUCAUCUUCUUCGACCUGGCCUGGCGGCUGCGCAUCAACUUCCCCUACCUCUACAUCGUGGCCUCCAUGAUGCUCAACGUCCGCCUGCAGGUCCACAUUGAGAUCCACUGAAGGCUCCACCCACCGACCAACCGACAGACAGACAGACACCGCGCUCGGCCCCGCCCAAUGCUGCGGACACACGACAUGAGGGACGGACACCGGGGAGUGUGGCCCCGGGAGGAGCUGUUGCCGGGAGCGGCCACUGCCCCGCGGGAGCCCGGCCACCAGGCGGCGAGACACUGGGCGGGCACCGCGCCCCACUGCGAGACUCGGGGUCCGGCCUCCGUGCUGGCCGAAGAGAGACUGGCAGGGGUGUCUCGGGGGGCCGGAGACCCCGUGGGGAGGGGCCGGCCGGGAGGAGGCCACCGGGGACCGGGCCCUUCUGGACAACCGUGGGGCUGGGGGUCGCCUUCCGACGCGGGCUUUGCCCAGGCCCCCUUCCCGGCGGCCCCUGCGGAGGGGGGUGGCCCCACACCCUGCACCCUGCCCUCGCUGAGGCGCGGGCACCCUGAGGUGUCCCCAAAGGCGGUGGCGCCCGAAAGCACUGCUGGCCUCGCCCAGCCCGUGGGUGCAGAGCAGACUGUGACUUUGCAGGGUGCUCCCGGGGGCUGGGGAAGGGGCACCCCCCACCCAGCCACAGUGCACGCAGAGAAUAAACACAGAUUCCUUCCGAGCCGCCCGUGGCCCUGGUCUCUUCCCGCUGCUCCGGCCCGUGGACAGUGACUCGAGUGGACAGAGGUGCGGGCUUGGCAGGAGGCCAUGGGUCGCGCGCACACGCGCACGGCAGAACCAGUUCCACCAGGCCCAAAGGAGUGGCCGGCCGGCGGGGCCGUGGGAGGAGCUGCCCGUCACUGUCAGAAUGUGGACGUGCUCGGGCCCAGGCCUCUCCCCGAGCUGGAUGAAGUGGAAGUGGACACGGGGCUUCCCGCCCUGCUGGCCUAGCGGGGAGCUGCGGCCGCCCAGCGUGGCUAGGGCGCCUUCGGUCUGUAGCAAAACUGUUUCUUUUCUCCUUUCCUGCUGCUUGAAAUGCAACCGAAAGGCACGCCUGGUGGCGGAAGUUGCAAUAUCAGACUUACCCGUAGGACCACCCUUUCUUAAACUAGGAACCCUGGCACAUUGCAGAGAGGAGUGAAGACAGCUUGGCCCUUGGCGUGGCUUGAGAGGGCCGAGCAGGCGUUUCAGGAGAAAGUCUCUGGGAAUGAGAGAUGGAGAGAUCUUUUACACCGAAUUUUUUUUUCCCCUGAGGUAUAAACCCCUUUUGUCGUUUGUUUUUGAUAAUUUUGAUAAAGGUUCCUUCAGAGCUUCAGCUAAAGCUGUCCCAAAUUAAGACUUAGGCAAUUUCAGGAUCAUUAAUUGGGAAUAUCAGUUUACAUUGUGUGCUAAAUCACUCUGCCGUGUGCUUAUUUUAGUGUUUUGGGAAACUGAAAAAUAAAACUCUUCUUUAGCAUAAUAAAUGUCUUACUGGCG